AUGGCUCCAGAAAGUCCGUCGACACCGAAGGAAGUUGCAGAAUAUUUGCACGAAAUGCCACAUUCUGAUUCUCAAAUGAUCGGACAAGUUUUAGGUGAACCGGACGCUAAGACACAAUGUGUACUACAUGAAUACGCCAACAUGUUUCUAUUCAAAGGUGUAUCAUUCGACAUUGCUCUACGCGUGUAUCUAGGUCGCUUUGAGCUGCCGAAUGAAGCUCAGAAGAUUGACCGUAUCCUCCAGGCUUUUGCUAAAGCUUAUUACAGUAAAAACUCGGACAGCUUGGAGUGUCCGUCCGAAGAUGCAGUGUAUACAUUAGCGUUCUCUAUUCUGCUGCUUAAUACAGACGCACACAAUCCGAGACUGGCACGAAAGUUUAAGAUGACACGAGCUGAUUUUAUCCGGAAUUAUCAUCAAUUAGGAACAGGCGACAGCGAUUCCGCAAGACCAAAAGUGCCGGAUAUGUUUCUAGGCCAGUGCUACGACUUGUUUGUGACGAACGCAAUGAAGCGGAUUGAACGAAAACCAGUUGAGCUUCAGUGUGAUGAAGUGGAGCUUGAGUUUCCAGAAUCAGAAUUGGGGCUAGAAAUUGAGACCUCGUUCGAUACCCAAACUGCAAUCGUUAAGAGGUAUGCAAAUGACCGUCAUACAUACUGCAACAGAAAGCAAAGACAGUUGAGUUCAGCCUCAUCUGCAGUAUCCAGCAACAGUUUUUUUUCUUCUAGUGCGAAAUUUUUGGCAGCAAGGAGCAGCAUCUUGGCAAACAUCUUGGCUUCAGUAGACUCGGAGCCAGAGCUGUCAAUUGUAGGAUGGGUGAUUGUAGCAGUUGGAGACGACAGUACCCGUCAGAUCGGCUACGCGUUGUCGCGCUAUUUGCUCAAGACGGCUCCGCGUCCCGUUCUCAUCCGAUUUUGCGAGCCAAGUGUGUACUUUGCGUCUCUAGAGUAA